CGGUCUGCCCUACAGGUUGGACACGUUGCGGUCGGAUCAGAUUUUGUUGUAGCCUACCUGGGAGCGGACGGGGCUCACCUGAGAGUGAAGCGCGUCUCCAUUCGUGCUCUCAACAAUCCGCCCGGGGGUUUCACUUUCCUGCGAGCCAUUAAUGAAAAAGGAGACAGACAGUGCACUUUGGCUGCGGAUAAAUAAUUAACCUGACUGACUCAAGCAGCAGUUUACAGAAGAGCUGACAUGAGGAGCUGAGCCAAGCAGUAGCGGAGUGCGCUCUACCCGGGACAACAACAACAACAAAAAACCAGGCCUUCGGGUGUUUUUGUAUUAUUAUUUUUGUUGCUGUUUCAUGUCAUUUGAGCUGGAUACACUGCGCUGUAAUCAUGCUUGGAGCGGAGAGCAGACUGGAGAGCCGGUUGAAGAAGCUGGAGUCCCUGAUGAGGAACCAACAGUCGGUUCUAAACUUGGAAACCCUACUGGAUUCCAUGAACGCGUUGGCUCAUGAUUUGAACUAUCCUGCCCUACGGAAAAACAAAAACAUAGAUGCCUUUCUGAACAGAUAUGAGAAGACGGUGAGUCAGCUGCGGGAGCUGCAGGUGAAGCUGGAAGAUUUUGAGAAAGUGAAGCUGAUUGGGAGAGGAGCCUACGGAGAAGUGCAGCUGGUCCGCCACAAGGCCUCUCAGAAGGUUUACGCCAUGAAGCGGCUCAACAAAUUUGAGAUGAUCAAGCGGUCAGACUCUGCCUUCUUCUGGGAGGAGAGGCACAUCAUGGCCUUUUCCAACAGUCCCUGGGUCGUCCAGCUGUGCUGUGCUUUCCAAGAUGAACGCCACCUCUACAUGGUGAUGGAGUUCAUGCCUGGAGGCGACGUGGUCACACUCACCAUGAACUACGACAUGCCUGAGAAGUGGGCUCGCUUCUACACGGCUGAAGUGGUGCUGGCACUGAACGCCAUCCACUCCAUGGGCUUCAUCCAUCGUGACGUUAAACCCGACAACAUGCUGCUGGACCAACACGGACACCUCAAACUGGCAGAUUUUGGCACGUGUAUGAAGAUGGACUCGACAGGCAUGGUGCACUGUGACACAGCUGUAGGCACACCCGACUACAUCUCCCCUGAGGUGCUCCAGUCCCAGGGUGGUGAUGGUUUCUAUGGCCGGGAGUGCGACUGGUGGUCUGUCGGUGUUUUUAUCUAUGAGUUACUAGUCGGUGAAACUCCCUUCUAUGCCGAGUCCCUGGUUGGAACUUAUGGGAAGAUCAUGAACCACAAGAACUCACUCAUCUUCCCAGAUGAUGUAGAGAUGUCUCAGGAUGCCAAAGACCUCAUCUGUGCCUUUCUUACUGACAGGGAGGUUCGUCUGGGCCGCACUGGAGUGGAUGAGAUCAAAUGUCACCCAUUCUUCAAGAACAAUCAGUGGACCUUUGACAACAUCCGAGAGACUGUGGCUCCAGUUGUGCCAGAGCUGAACAGUGACAUAGACACCAGUAACUUUGACGACAUAGAGGAUGAUAAAGGAAAUGUUGAGACCUUUUCUCCACCCAAAGCCUUUGUGGGCAACCAGCUACCGUUUGUCGGCUUCACUUACUUCAAGGAGGACCAGCUACUGAAGGUAAAUAACAACUGCUCUGUGGAGGAUUCAGAGGACAGUAAGGAAAACGAUAAGGAGUAUUGCUCAGAGAGUAAUAAAGAGCUGCAGAAAAAGCUUCAUCAGCUGGAGGAGCAACGCGAUCAUGACAUGCAGGCCAAAAAUGAGCUGGAGCACAAGUGCAAAAAUGCCACCAACCGCUUAGACAAGCUGGUGAAAGAAUUAGACAAGGAGAUGAGUAGCAGGCAGAAAGUCGAGGCCUCGCUAAGACAGCUGGAGAGAGAGCGAGCUCUGCUGCAGCACCAGAGUGCCGAGAACCUGCGCAAGGUGGAGAUUGAAGCUGACAGAAAACGCAGCCUGGAAAACGAAUUGAACAACCUGAGGGACCAACUAGAAGAUCUUAGGAAGAAGAACCAGAAUUCACAGAUCUCCAAUGAGGAAAACAUCCAGCUGCAGAAACAACUGGAAGAGGCCAACGCCGUGCUUCAGGCCGAGCAGGAAGCGGCAGCGCGGCUGAAGAAGAGUCAGGCAGAGGCGCAGAAACAGGCUGAGAGCCUGGAGGUCAGCCUCAGGGAGAUGCAGGAAAAGUGCAGCCAGCUGGAAAACGGCAAGAUGGAGCUGGAGAAGCAGCUGAUGGGGCUGCAAGCCGAGCUGGAGGAGGAGAAAAGAGAUCGCAACCUUGGGACAGAAACUAUUACUGACCUGCAGGGACGUAUUUCUGGCCUGGAAGAAGAGGUGAAAGAGGUGAAGUCAUCUCUCUCCAAGGUCCAGGCUGAAAAGAAGCAGCUGCAGGAGAAGCUCAAUGACCUCGAGAAGGAAAAGAGCAACCAAGAGAUUGACUUGACGUUCAAGCUGAGGUCGCUCCAGCAGAGUCUGGAGCAGGAGGAGGCAGAACAUAAGGCCACCAAAGCCAAGCUCGCAGAUGAAAACAAAACUUACCAGUCCAUCGAGGUGGCAAAGUCUGAGGCCUUAAAAGAGAUGGAGCGCACCUUGCAGGAGGAGCACAGCUUGAAGCUGCAGGUGGAGGGAGAGCUGCUGCAACUAGAGAAGACCCACUCCAUGCUGGACUGUGACUACAAGCAGGCACAGCACAAACUGGACGAGCUGCAGGCACAAAAGGAGAAACUGUCUGAAGAGGUAAAGAACCUAAGCUUGCAUCUGGAGCAGGAGAUCCACAAGCGGAGUCUGAGCCAGAGUGAUCUGAAGAUGCAGAACCAGCAGGUGUCGGUGCUCCGCUCAUCAGAGAAACAGCUCAAACAGGAGCUCAACCACCUGCUGGACAUGAAGCAGGCCCUGGAGAAACAGAACCAGGAGCUACGCAGGGAGAAGCAGGAGGCGGGUGGCCAGCUGAAGGAACUGAAGGACCAACUGGAGGCAGAGCAGUAUUUCACUACCCUUUACAAGACUCAGAUCCGUGAGUUGAAGGACGAGUGUGAUGAGAAGAAUAAACUGUGCAAAGAUGUGCAGCGGCGACUGGCAGAAUAUGAGGAGGAGAGAGAUUCCCUUACAUCCCAGCUGGAGGUCAGUUUGACAAAGGCGGACUCUGAACAGCUGGCUCGCUCCAUCGCUGAGGAGCAGUACUCCGACCUGGAGAAGGAGAAGAUCAUGAAGGAGCUGGAGAUCAAAGACAUGAUGGCGAGACACAGGCAGGAGCUUAGCGACAAGGAGGCCACCAUCAGCUCGCUGGAGGAGUCCAAUCGCACUCUGACAGUGGAUGUGGCUAACCUGGCCAGCGAGAAGGAGGAACUCAACAACCACCUAAAAGAAAUGCAGCAACAGCUACAGAAAGCCAAGGAGGAGGAGAAGCAGAUGAACUCAGUCAAACUGAGCUUUGAAAGACAGCUGCAGAAUGAAAGGACACUAAAAAUUCAGGCUAUCAACAAGCUGGCUGAGGUGAUGAACAGGAGAGAGACGAUACGAGGAGGCCACAGAAGCAUCGACACUGAGGUGCACAGGAAGGAGAAGGAGAACAGAAAGCUGCAGCUGGAGCUGAGAACGGAGAAGGAGAAACUCAACAGCACCAUCAUCAAAUACCAGAGAGAGAUGACGGAGAUGCAGGCGCUGAUAGCAGAAGAGAACCAGGUGCGCCUGGAGCUUCAGAUGGCGUUGGACAGUAAAGACAGUGACAUUGAGCAGCUUCGUUGCCAGCUCACCUCCCUGAGUGUCCACUCUCUGGACUCCACCAGUAUCAGCAGUGGCAACGACCUGGACAUGGUUGACGGAUACCCAGUGCGCAUUACUCACUCCCACACCUCAGAAUCAAUGUCCUUCACGUACCAGCGCACACACAAAUCUGUCCGCAUCGACACCCGACCCAAUCUUCACUCGGCUCACACUCUCUUUGACUCUGACUCUGACUCUGAGGAUGACGAAGAAUAUGAAGGGCAGGUGGAGCAGGGCCACCGUCCCCUGGCCCUCACCUACGAACAGCCCCCUGAGGCUGAACCCGCAGACUCCAGGUUGGAGGGCUGGAUUUCACUUCCUACUAAGAACACAAAGCGUUUCGGCUGGGACAAAAAAUAUAUAGUUGUGAGCAGUAAGAAGAUCCUGUUCUACAACAGCGAGCUGGACCGAGAGCAGGCCAACCCUUUCAUGACCCUGGACAUUGAUAAGCUGUUUCAUGUCCGACCUGUCACUCAUACUGACGUGUACCGUGCCGAUCCCAAAGAAAUUCCAAGGAUAUUCCAGGUCCUCUAUGCCAAUGAAGGCGAGAUUAAACGUGAACAGGAGGUUGUAGUGGAGCCCACGCCGCAUGGUGAUCGUCCCUCCUACAUCAGCCACAAGGGCCACGAGUUCAUCAUCACUCUCUACCACUUCCCGUCCAGCUGCGAGGCCUGCACUCGGCCGCUGUGGCACGUUUUCAAGCCCCCACCAGCCCUUGAGUGCCGCCGUUGCCACACCAAGUGCCACAAAGACCACCUGGACAGAAAGGAGGAAGUUAUUGUGCCCUGCAAGGUGAACUAUGACAUGUCCACUGCCAAAGAGCUGCUUCUGCUGACCAACUCUCAGGAGGAGCAGCAGCGCUGGGUCAGUCACCUCCUCAAACGCAUCCCGAGGAAACACCCGACAAUGAGUCCUCCCUCUGCGGCACAGAACACCCCUCCUGAAGCAACGUCACGUUCCUCUCCACGAGUCUCUCCGCGACCUUCUCCAAGGGGUUCGCCUCGUAUGUCGGCCCAUCGCGGAGCAAUCAAGAUCCAGCCCAGCCGACAGCAGCAGUCAUCAGGGAAGCCGAGAAUGCUUGAGUUUGGCCUGAAAGACUGGAGUUGGCCGUUGGAUGAUGACGAUAAUGAUGAUGAUGAUGAUAUGUUCUUCUGAAGGAAGUGAAAGAAAAGAGGGGGCACAGAGGUUAACCCUGGCUGAUCAAAGAUGUGUAUUUUCAUCUUUGUGGAUUAAUGACCGCAGUCUGGACGCAGUGCCUACAUGUGUUAUUUUUUUCUGGGAAGUAGACUUAAAAAAAAAAAAUGCAAAUCAUGGACACAAAAUCACAGAAACUGGCUGUCGUCAUGAGAACUGGGACUGUCUUUGUCAUUUUAACAAGAGGAAAAUGAGCAGUAUUCAUAUUAGAGUGAGAUUUCAUCUGAAAACCUCAGCUCAACACUGGGUGAUUAAAGCUGCCUUAUUUUAUAAUCAUCAUGACAAAAACAUGGACAUUUUAUUCCGUCAGAUGGAGUGACUUACAUGGAUUUGUGUGGCAUGGCAUGUGUGUGAACAUUUGUAUAUAGGUUUAAGAGGUCUGUCUUUGUAUUGUAACACAGAAAGUGUAGCUCAUAGUAUAUGAUGAUGUUUUAUUUUUAUGGAUAUCACCAGCACAAUAUAGUAUAUGCUUGUCCUGUAAAUUAAUACAGUUUUACUGAAUAAUUAUGAGUCAUGAUUUGAUCCAUUACAAUAUAAGUCAGAAUAUUGGGAAUUGAACAGACACGAUGUGUUUUCUUCUUACCAUUCAUGACUAAUUCAAAUAAAUUCUGUUACUCUGGAAAAUGAAUAAUUCAGGAUUUGUUUCAAUAUAUUGUCGUUAAUGAUUUGGAGUGAAAGCAAGCUUAAAAAAGCAUGACAUACAGCAUUCAGGCUUGUGGCCCUAAUGAUUCAUUUUGUGCCUUGAGGCCUCAUUUGAAAGCUUUCAUUCUGGAUCUCACACAAACAAAUUCCCUUUCAGUAUAACAUGGAUAUGGAUAUUGCAUCAAAAGCAGCAGACAGGUGGUGAAUGAAUAUACACUGCAGAGAUAGAAUCAAGUUAGAGUUUUUCUGGGUUUUUGACAGGGGAAGGAUUGGGGAUAACUGGGGUUGGACUCUGUGGGCCUAUGAGCACCUCUAAAGCUCACUAAUUAACACGAUAUAUGACAUUUGUUUGUUUGUUUACCUGAAUUUGGUAUCAGUGAGAUUUUAAUUAUCUUGUAGUGUACAUUGUAGCAGAGGUCUCAAACUCAAAUUGGUUAGGGCCACUGCUAGUAUUAUCAUCUCAUAGGAGGGCCACUUUAAUGUUAAAGUACUACAAGAAAGUGCAAUAUAGAUUAUAUGAAAAUAUUUACGUUACUAAUAUCAUACUAAAAAAGGUAAACAGCUGUUUCUCUGCAGUUUUAUAUCAUUAUUUUAUAUAAUUAUUGUCCGUAGCCAAACAACAAAUGAAGGUCCGAAACCUGCUCUCUUCUCAUCACCCCCUUCAACACAUUUGUGGUUAUCUUUGUCCUUUGCUAUUGUUUUUUGUGCCAAAUAAAACAUUUUUAAAA